CACGGGGAGCGGAGCGGCGGGUAAUGUUCAACUCUUUCGCCGCCGGUGUGGUGCUGACUGUGCUUACCUUCCUGCCCUGACGUGUGCUGCCCUGCGCUUACCUUCCUGGCCUGACGGGGACGACACGGCGGCGGGAUCCAGACGAGACGGGAGGCGUAGAAUGGUGUGGAUGCGUCGCUGUAGAGACGGAGCGCUGCACUGGGACCACGACUACGAGGUGAUGAGUCUGGACCAUAAAGGGACGUCGUGAGCUGGACUCGUACUCAGCGGGACACCAACAAGAGCAUCGAAGAGGAGCUUGAGGAACAGAAGAGUACAGGAGCGAAGAGGCAUCAAGACACCUCCUCCUCCUACUUCUACUACUACUACUACUACUACUACUACUACUACUACUACUACUACUACUACUACUACUACUCCCCUUCCCGCCAUGGAGACCUGCGUGCUGCUGCCCCGCCACCUGUGCCUCCAGGGGUCUGCCGAGGCCGCCACCCUCCACCUGGUGACGGCGACGAGCGUGGCUCAAGGCACCACCUUCACGCCCACCUCUGGCACCCUCAGGACGGCCCGCCUCCCGCCCCUCCCGCUGCUGCUGCCCUCCGACGUACGAAACAGCUGGGGUUCCUACGAUCGCCUUCGGGAGCACCUUUCAGCCUCCCACGCGGACGCCCCCAGCAAGUCGUCUCUUCUGCGGGAGUGUAACUGGGUGCGAUUCCUGCGUGUGGCGGCCCAGUACAGCGGCGAGGUGAACAUGGUGGCCGCGCUAACCCCACACAACACCAUCACCUUCACCGUCAUCAGGUCGCUUUCCCCCGAGCAGGAGGUGGUCGCCUUCACACUCCACCCCGACAACCUCCCGCGACCCCCCUCCCUGAGUCCCCCAGUCCCCCACCCCCUCCUCUCGCCCCCUUCCCCCCUCCUCCUCAAGUCUGAGGACGCUCGGCUGGUCACCAACGAAGGACCGGCCGGGAGCCCCGGCGGCGGCCUGCAGGACGAGGUGAGCGCCUCGCCGCGCCUGGUGAUGGCAGCGGCGCUGUACCGGCGAGCGGCGGCAGCCCUCAUGCACGGUGAGUCCCACGGCAUCCCCCUGAGCCCCAUGUCUCUCCUAGACGCGUGCUUGCGUGUGUGCUCGCGUGCGCGUGUGUGUGUACGCUCCUGUGCUUUGUAUAGCUCUAGUCAGUCUGUAUUUGUCGAGAUGUUCCUCGCUUUUCUUCAACAUGUCAUCGUAAUCAUCACCCUCCCCUUCCUCACAAACGCGCCUCCUGCUGAUCACGAUUCCUUGCUUCCAGAUGCCCCGCUGGAUCUGUCUCAGCCGCUGGUGGGCGGCAGGUCUGCCUUGUUCAGGAAGAGCGGUGACCAGCCCUCCAGGUCCCCUGUGUCUCCACUUUUCUCCUUCCCUGCCCCCGAGGCCGCUCAGGGCCCCUACAAAGACUGCGGUGUGAGACUACAGGAGGCGCUGGGCCACCAAGACUUCCUUUCGCUGGCGGGGGAGACGGGCGGCGGCGGGGCGUUUGACAAGGUGGCGCCGCGUCGGCCUCGCGAGCGGUCGUUGCUGCCCUGCCACGUCUGCGGCAAAGUAUUCGACCGGCCAAGUCUCCUGAAGCGACACAUGCGCACACACACCGGCGAGAAGCCCCACGUGUGCGAGGUGUGCGGCAAGGGCUUCUCCACCAGCUCGUCGCUCAACACGCACCGCAGGAUCCACAGCGGCGAGAAGCCCCACCAGUGUGCCACCUGCGGCAAGCGGUUCACGGCGUCCUCCAACCUCUACUACCACAAGAUGACGCACGUCAAGGACAAGCCGCACAAGUGUAGCGUGUGUUCCCGGUCCUUCCCCACGCCUGGUGACCUCCGCUGCCACUCCUUCGUCCACACCGGCCAGUGGCCCCACCGCUGCCCCGUUUGCGGCAAAGGCUUCAGCAAGCUCACCAACCAGCGCAACCACCUCCUCCUGCACACAGGACUAAAACAGCACGAGAGAGCAGGCCCGGGGGUCGGGAGUCUCAGGCGGGUGGUGGUGUAAGGCCCAGCACCUCCUCAUCACCUCUUCCCCUCCCUCAUCACCACUCCAGCCGUCCCAUACUCCAGUACAAAACUACCUCCACGUCCUCAGACUCUUCAUCCUCCCUGCUCAUCCCAACAUCACCCCGUCAGCUUCUUCACCACAUUCACAACUCACAGCCAGAGACUCGAGUGUUUAUAGGAAGGCUAGAAGAAUGGGAGAUAUUCAAGAACACAAAAAUCUACUGAAAAACCGUAAAGGGAGAAAAGAUUGCAAUAGAGACAAUAAAUCCUCAUUGAUUCUUCCCUUCUCUAGUUUUCGUGUGGUAAAUAAGAGGAUAAAGGAAAAGAGGAGAAGCAACAAGACACAAACUCAUCACUGACUCACUCGAGGAGGAAGUAUGAGUGCGUGUGAAUGAGGUGAGAUUCAGGCUGCGAUUUUGAGUGAAGUAACCUGAAUCUAGGCCUAUGGGAACGUGGUGGUGGCUUCCUUCGACUGCCCUAGAGCCUAAAAUGGGGGAUGGGGGGAGGCGUGGAAGGGUGU